GGCUCGCGGGAACACCCCUCCCUGGGGCUGCGACCCCGGCCUGGAAGGACAGGGCCUGGGGUCCUUCGGUCCAGUGUCGCCAGGGGCUCUCCGCUUUCUACUCUCGCCGAGGUUUUUAUUUAGUUAGGAAACGCCAACUUCAAGACUUGCAACCGAAAGUGAUUUUUUAAAAAAAAUGACUUGUUUUCAAGCCCACUCCGGCCGCCGCCCACUUUUCUGGCCUUUGGACUAUGACCAAGAUGUUUUUUUCUCUUGGCUCUUUUGCGAGAUUUAAAACUCAGUCCUCGGCAUUCCUUUAACAUAUUGGCGACAUUUCUGUGGUUGUAGGAUCUCAUAUUUCAGACGGUUCCAACUGCGCUCUGUCGCUCUAGUAGUCGUCUGGUUUGUGUAGUGAGAAAUAACUCUGGGAAAUUAUUAGAUUUACAGCCCUGAAGAGUCUUUUUCCUUCCCAUUUUUCCCCCUGCAGUAAUAAAUCCCAUUAUGGAGACGCUGCAACUUUAUAAAGGGAUAUAGCUUGAAUUCUGUGGAGUGUAAUUUUGUGUAUAAAUUACAUCUUAAAAAUAUCGAAGAGUUUUCAGAAAGAGGCCUAGAAGAGUUAAUUACUGGGUCAUUAUGCUAAGCAGUAAUUCUGUUGGUAAUACAAUGUUUUGUUAGGAAUUUUUUAUAACACUAGAAAGGACAGCCUGUAUCUUUUGAUAAAUUGAUUCAUCUUUAAUUACAGUAUGACUGAUAUUUGAGCUGAAUGGUCCUUAAAUGUAGAACAGGUUAUUCAGGUUUUUUAAAUUCAGUUUUUAAAUGCAGUAUAAAAAGUGUGUGCUAUGGAAAUUUUAUGGUUAACUAGUUAAGUUGAUGGCAAAAAUACCUUCAGCCAAUCAAGUAUAAUAAAGUGGUAUAUACAAAGUUAGGAAGACUAAAUGUUGCUGCAGGAAAUGGAAAAAAAUAUAGAUAAUAUUUAACAAGGAUGAAAGAGUUUACAGUUUGUGAACUUCAAGCAAAAUUAACAUCAUAUACACUUUACUAGGCACAGGUUCAACAAAGGUUGUGGAUGUUGACUUCCCCAAAAGUUAACUGAAGCUAAUGUAACCCACUUAAAUAAAUACUGUGAUGAUAAGCUCUAUGAAAUUAGCUUUUAGAUAUUGUGACUAUAUGAAGACUUUAAUAACUUUUGCUUACUAUAAAAAUGAGAUUUUGGGGGGAAUGUAUUAAAGUGCUUUUAGGGAAAGAAGGCUGCAUACAAUUUUUUAUUCUUGUGGCAUAAUCAGUAAUUGGCCUGAUAUAUAUCCAGGCUUCAUAGCUUAUAACCCAAAGUAAAUUAAAGGCAUAAAUUGGUAUUCUAUAGAUGUUUAGAAUUUUGAGAAUAUAAAGCUCCUAGAAAAAUCAAAGCAUUUUAACAUAUUUUCAGAAGUGGAUCAACUUUCUCAGGCCUUUAGGUUAGUUUUAUGCCAAAUUGUGAGUGAAUAUCAUUUGAGUUAUCUAAAAGAGUUUAUUAUAAUCCCUAAGGAGGUCUAAGUAGUAUCUUGGUAAUUGAGGAGAGAUUUUCAUUCUACCUAAGUGUAAACUCAUGUAAAUCCAGUAAAGAAGGUAUCGUGAAUUCUAUUUAAGUAAGAGUCUAUAAUUUGAUUCCCUUUUUGUAGUAAAAAUCUAAUUUAGUGUGAAGAGAUAGGAAAUUUCAUGUGAAGGUUUUAGCCAUCAAACAGUGCUAUCACCUACUCAUGCACAAAACUACCUCUCCAAGACUUGUCCCAGGUCCCUCUUAUCAAAAAAUUAAGAGUAUAAUGGAAGAUAGCCCUAUCUUGUCAAAUUGGACAAAUGGCAGCAAACAAAAAAUGAAGUAUGACUUUUCAUGUGAACUCUACAGAAUGUCUACAUAUUCAACUUUCCCUGCUGGUGUUCCUGUCUCAGAAAGGAGUCUUGCUCGUGCUGGUUUUUAUUACACGGGUGUGAAUGACAAGGUCAAAUGCUUCUGUUGUGGUCUGAUGCUGGAUAACUGGAAACAAGGAGACAAUCCUAUUGAAAAGCAUAAACAACUAUAUCCUAGCUGUAGCUUUAUUCAGAAUCUGGUUUCAUCUAGCAUGGGAUCCACCUCUAAGAAUACUUCUCCGAUGAGAAACAGUUUUGCCCAAUCAUUAUCUCCCACUUUGGAACAUAGUGGCUCAUUCAGUGGUUCUUAUUCCAACCUUUCACCAAACCCUCUUAAUUUUAGAGCAGUCGAAGACUUCUCUCCAUUGAGGACUAACCCCUACAGCUACGCAAUGAGUACGGAAGAAGCCAGAUUUCUUACUUACCAUACAUGGCCAUUAACCUUUUUGUCACCAUCAGAUUUGGCAAGAGCUGGUUUUUAUUAUAUAGGACCCGGAGAUAGGGUAGCCUGCUUUGCUUGUGGUGGAAAGCUAAGUAACUGGGAACCAAAGGAUGAUGCUAUGUCAGAACACCGGAGACAUUUUCCCAACUGUCCGUUUUUGGAAAAUUCUCUAGAAACACUGAGGUUUAGCAUUUCCAAUCUGAGCAUGCAGACACAUGCAGCUCGAAUGAGAACAUUUAUGUGCUGGCCGUCUAUUGUUCCAGUUCAGCCUGAGCAGCUUGCAAGUGCUGGUUUUUAUUAUGUGGGUCGCAAUGAUGAUGUCAAAUGCUUUUGUUGUGAUGGUGGCUUGAGGUGUUGGGAAUCUGGAGAUGAUCCGUGGGUAGAACAUGCCAAGUGGUUUCCAAGGUGUGAGUUCUUGAUACGCAUGAAAGGACAGGGGUUUGUUGAUGAAAUUCAAGGUAGAUAUCCUCAUCUUCUUGAACAGCUAUUGUCAACUUCAGACACUCCCGGAGAUGAAAAUGCCGAUCCACCAAUUGUUCAUUUUGGAUCUGGAGAAAGUUCUUCAGAAGAUGCUGUCAUGAUGAAUACACCUGUGGUUCAGUCUGCCUUGGAAAUGGGCUUUAGUAGAAGCUUGAUAAAGCAGACAGUUCAGAGUAAAAUCCUAACAACUGGAGAGAACUACAAAACAGUUAGUGAUAUCGUAUCUGCACUUCUUAAUGCUGAAGAUGAAAAAAGAGAAGAAGAAAAGGAAAGACAAGCUGAAGAAAUGGCAUCAGAUGACUUGUCAUUAAUUCGGAAGAAUAGAAUGGCUCUCUUUCAACAGUUAACGUGUGUGCUUCCAAUCCUGGAUAAUCUUUUAAAGGCCAAUGUAAUUAAUAAACAGGAACAUGAUAUUAUUAAACAAAAAACACAGAUACCUUUACAAGCAAGAGAACUGAUUGAUACCAUUUUAGUUAAAGGAAAUGCUGCAGCCAACAUCUUCAAAAACUGUCUAAAAGAAAUUGACUCAACGUUACAUAAGAAUUUAUUUGUGGAUAAGAAUAUGAAGUAUAUUCCAACAGAAGAUGUUUCAGGACUGUCACUGGAAGAACAAUUGAGAAGGUUGCAAGAAGAAAGAACUUGUAAAGUGUGUAUGGACAAAGAAGUUUCCAUUGUAUUUAUUCCUUGUGGUCAUCUGGUAGUGUGCCAGGAAUGUGCCCCUUCUCUAAGAAAAUGCCCCAUUUGCAGGGGUAUAAUCAAGGGUACUGUACGUACAUUUCUCUCAUAAAAGAAAAAUAGGCUGUUUCAUAGCCUAUAUAGAAGUCUUUAAAAUAUUGUUGAACAUUUGAUGCCAUCUGAAGUAAAAAAUGAAUAACUGGUUCUUCAAUUAGUAAUAUUUGUGUUCUGAUCUGCUUUGGUACUAAUUUCUAAAAAGAUGGUAUUUUAUAUUUAAUCUUAAUCUGUGUAUUUACAAGGAAAGAUUUGUGUUUGAUGAGAUAUGUAAGUAUAUAUGUGUGAAAGCUUUAAGUAGUGUGUUACAGUGUAGAUUAAAACAAUUGGAAACAGGGAACUCUGGAGUUCAGAGUUAUGAUGCCAAAUUCUCUUUGGUGCUUUUCACUUGUGUUAUAAAAUAAGAAUUUUUCUCUUACUAGUAAAUAAGUUUUCCUCUAGUUUCCUUUAGUUUGUGAGAAACAUCUUAAUAAAGUGCUUUAAAAAGAUUGCACCAUCAAAUUGUUUUUUCUGUCCUGAUUUAAAAAGUAAUUUUCAUGUCUCUUCAUUGUACUUCACUACACUCAAAUGCUAUUAAGUAAAAAGUCUGAAUUCAUGAAACAAAUUACUAAGAAAUAUUUUUAAAUAAUAAUGUGAUUUAUGAUGAUUCCUUUAGAUGACAGUCUCUUGUUGCUUUGUAUUUUAUACAUAUUAGAUGAAAAAUUAAUCAGUAUCAAAAAACCUUUAAUAAAUAAGUAAACUUGUGUAAAUUAGCAUUAGGAUUUUCAGAAAAUAGCCUAACUGCCUUGUUGCAUAGAUGUUGAGGAGGUGCAGGAUACAGGCAAUGGUAAGUACCUCCUUUUUGAACCCAAUCAUAUUUGACCUUUCCCAGAUCUGGCUCUGUGGCAGACUUCUGAGGCCAGGUGGAUAAGGAGGUCUAAUAUAAAAAUCUCUCCAUUUUUCUUCUCACCUCACAACUCUUUUAGAUCCCUUUAAGUAGAGAAUACACUGGGAAGGGUGGGUGAGAAUUAUUCUAUCCUCCAGUCUCUUAUCUUGCCUUUAUUUGAGGUAGAAUAUACCCUGAUGUGCUGAUACAUGUAUAUAGGUCCAAAUGCAUACACCUAGUUUCAUGACCUCAUGUCAGUGAGAGAAAGUCUGUCUCUACCAUUGUAGAGGGAAUGUAAAGGAAGUCCCCCCCCCAGAUUUAAUGGGCUUAGAACAACAUUGAAACCCUAACUUUUGAACCCUAACUUUUGAACCCAAUGUUGAACCCUAACUUUUCUCUGUUUUCCAUUCUGGACCUGUUAUGAUUCCUAAAGGGAUUAUCUGCUCCCUUAAAGAGUCAAAUUAGUCCUUUAGUCAAAACAACCCAAUAUUUUUAAAUUAUAGACCUAAUCCCCCUUGUUACCAUGGGAUGCUAUUAAAUCCUUUUAGGAACUAAUCUUUUUCUUCGUCUUCUUUUUUUUUUUUUUAGAGACAGACUUUUGCUCUGUUACCCAG